AUGGUUAAUCCGAUCUGCGCCCACUGCGAUGAUCUGUUGACAAUUGGAGAUGAUCUCGACAGCGGCGACAACGCAUCAGCAAGACGAGUGAGUAUAAACAUAAGCCUAAAGACCGUGUAA